UUCGCGCGUAAAGUAGUAAACGAGUGUGGAGAAUGGCACAGAUCAGUUGACAAACAGCACGAUUUUUUUGUUUCUAAAUUAUAUUCCUUUUAGAAGUUCGUGGAAUUUGUACACUGCCUUACUUUAGAUAGUUUCUUAUUAACAAUCGAGCAACAACCUAACUUUUUCGAUACUCCCUAGCCAAUCAUUUAGACAUUGUUAUGCAUGCAUUAACAUUCUAACCUGUUUUGUGGUGAAAGGGGAUUUUUUUCGUCAAAAAUAAACCAAAAAUGAGGAAAUUUUCGGAGAUAACUUGGCCAUCUGAAUACUCUGAAUUAAAGAGAAUCGAAGAACUCCUUGUCUGUGGAAUAUGCUACGACUACAUGGAAACCUCGGUGAUGACACCAUGUUCACACAAUUACUGUUCCCUCUGCAUCAGGAAGUACCUCCACUACAAGAACCAGUGCCCCGCCUGUUUCCAGGACACCUUCGAGAAGGAUCUCCACACAAACCGGAUUCUCGACGAGAUAAUCCUCUACUUCGCCACGAUCCGGAACAAAUUAGUCACCUGUAUUUCAGGAGCAAAACGCCUCCCCCUGGACGAGCCCCCCGCCCCCUCUCCCCCAGUGCGUCCAGCGCGAUCAAACCAGAUAAAAUCCCCAGAGAUCCGUUCAAAGCCGGAGACCCCCCCAGACGACCCCCCGACCCCCGUCCUCACUCCAGUGAAGUCCUUCUCGAGUCCCAGCACGAGUGGCACCUCCAAGCUCACCACCUUCUUCACCCCAAAGUCUCGAAAGCCUGACAGGUCGAUUACGCUGGUCCCCUGCCCAGUCUGCAGGGUCGAGAUAUCAGAGCUCCACAUAAACAAGCACCUGGACGACUGCCUGAAGCGAGACUCCCAGCCAGAGCGUCCACCAAGAGUCGAAUCGAAGCGAAAACCCCUCCCAAAACUCGUCGUCUGCCUGAUGAAAGACACUGAACUAAAAAAGAAGAUGAAGCUGUUGAAUCUGUCCAUCCGAGGGGACAGGAAGACUCUGGAGAAUAGGUACCACCGUUACUGCACCCUCUACAACGCAGAAUGUGACAAAGUCUCACCAAGAAGUGUCGAAGAAGUGUUGAAGCAGUGUGAAGAGGAGGAAGAGCUCGAGAGAAUGAGCCAAGAAGCAAAGCUCAAUGUUUCCAGACUCAACAUCACCAGGAACAGCAAUCAACACGUGAUCGAAGCGAUGCAGAAGCAGUACCUGGAGACCAAUAAAGACAAAUACGAGGACCUGAUCGCCCAGAUCAAGAGCAGGAAGGCACCUAAGCCCCCGGUGCGUCGUUCCCUGAUCAACGACAGUCAGAAUGUUAAGGAGAAUGGGGAUGAGGGGGCGGCCAGUGAGGAGAAUUCAACCUCGAGGCCAAUCUUCGAGGAUGCUUUUCAGGAUAAUGACUCUGAUGACUCCUGCCUGCUUCAAACGUACACCAGCGACCAUCCCAUGAGCUUUCUUUGUCUUGGGAUGAGUGACGAAAGCUCGAGCCCAAAGAAAAUGAAGAAGAGAAGUGAGACACUGGCCGUCCAUAAUUCAAUGAGUAAUGGAGUGGAUUCUACUAGGGUACCAACUCCCAGCAUUUACGAUCAAACUACUGAUGCUGAGACUGAUGAUGAUCAGGGUGACUGCAUGGAAACAUCGGUGGUGACACCAUGUUCACACAAUUCAGCGAUGCCAAUGGAGCCCAAUCUGAAGGAGGACAGGAGAAUAAUUGAGGAGAGGAAGUCCAGGGGGAGAAUUCUGGCUGAUGCCAUUGUUAAGGAUUUCUGCGAUGACGAUAGUAAUGAGGAGGAGGUAAAAGUCGAGGGCAAGGUCACGGAGUCUGGGAGGGGCGACAAGGAGAACGACGAGGGGGAGAGUAUUGCUGCACGUCGCCCAGUCAGGAAACGCAACCAUCCGUCAAGAUUCCGAGAUGAGGGGGAGAAGGGACAGACCAGCAGAUUGACUCCUAUUGAUGCACUCAGGGAGGAAAUUAAUGGGAAUAAACUGGUGGUGAAGGGAAGUGAUGGGACGUUGAAGAGACGACGCCGGCGUAAGGGUGACGAGGGGAGUGAGGAACCUCCCAGGAGACCUGUCCGGAAACGAGAGGCUAGCAAUGUCGUGCAGGGUAAUUGACGAUUUUUUUUAAUGGAGUUUUAGGGAGGGACGAGUACUAGUGGUUUUUCCAGCAUUUAUGUGUAAUUUAGGGAAGAUUGUGAGAGGAGUUUAAAGGAUUAAAUAUAUUUGUAUUCUGUUUUGAA